AUGGCUAGUCAAAAGGUUCUAUUAUGUUUCGCUUUACAAUUGAUUUUCGUACUGUCUGUCCUUGAUCACCACAAUGCAAAUGCUCAGGGCUUGACAGUUGGGUUCUAUAAGAAAUCGUGCCCAAAGGCAGAGGCUAUUGUAACGAAAAUCAUAGAACAAACUAUGGCAGUAGCACCAUCACUUGGAGCCCCUUUGAUGAGAAUGCAUUUUCAUGAUUGUUUUGUUAGGGGUUGUGAGGGUUCAGUGCUGCUGAAUUCUGCCACUAACCAGUCUGAGAAAUUUGCCAUACCCAAUUUGAGCCUUCGAGGGUUCCAAAUUAUUGAUAAAAUUAAGGUUGCAUUGGAGAAGGAGUGCCCUGGAGUGGUUUCGUGUGCCGAUGUAUUGGCCCUAGCGGCCAGGGAUUCUGUGGCUGCGUUGAACGGACCAACCUGGGAAGUUGAAACUGGAAGAAGAGACGGAAGAGUUUCAAAUAUUACUGAGGCCCUCUUACAACUACCCCCACCUUUUCUUAACAUUGCUGGCCUCAAAACUUCCUUUUUAAGCAGAGGAUUAAGCGUAAAAGACUUAGCAGUGCUCUCAGGUGGACACACCAUUGGAACAUCACACUGCACUUCCUUCAACAACCGUCUUUACAACUUCACCGGAAAGGGUGACACCGACCCGACCUUGGAUUCGGAGUACAUUGAUAGACUUAAGAUGAAGUGCAAGCCUGCUGACCAGACCACACUGGUGGAGAUGGACCCAGGAAGUUUCAAAACUUUUGAUGUCAAAUACUUCGACCUCGUCGCCAAGAGAAGGGGUCUCUUCUCAUCAGACUCUGCGCUUCUCGACGACAGUGAGACAAAAGCUUACGUUUUGAGUCACGCCACAGCCUCCGGGACAUCCUCUUUCUUCAAGGACUUCGGUGUCUCCAUGGUCAACAUGGGAAGGCUUGGAGUUCUCACCGGUUCAGCUGGUGAAAUCAGGAAGGUCUGCUCCGCGGUCAACUAAUUGUUAAGCCACUUCAUCAACCAUUUGGUUUUAUUAAUUUGAACUACUUAAAAGUCUUAGUUUGGGAGUUUGGUCAAGUACGUACA